CUGCAUUUGACUUCACGGAACCUUUAGUUUGAAAACGUUUGGUGCACUGAUUUAUAAAAAAGUUGGCGUUUCUCAGUUACACUCAGUUUGGGCAUCAUGAAUAACGACGACGACUCUUUGGAGAGACUGGACUCUGAAUUUGAUCACUAUCUGGUUGACAUGAAACCCUACGUUCUCAAGCUUCCCCAUAAAACAGAGCGUCAGCGGUGUGCCCUAUGGAUUAAGAAGCUCUGUGAUCCUCUGUCUUCUGGCUCUGGCCUAAUGGGAAGGAAGAAUCGCAACGCAUACACCAGGCUCCUUCUGGUCAUGCUGAAGAGAGGAGUCCUCGAGGGCCCGUUUACACACAAGCCUGAACCAGGCAGCCUUAAGACUUUACCUACGUACAUGUCCAUCUACUUUGAUGAACCACUGGUGGCUAGGCCUCGGGGACAGAGCUCUGCCAUGCUGCCAGACUGGGUGUCUGGCGAGUUGGGUCAUGCAGAUGACACAUGGUCCAGUUUACUGAAAGACUCCUCCUCACCCCUGCCAAACUCGCACAGGAGGAGGAAUCUUUUCAGCGACAAGUCUCCAUCCAGACCCUUAUCCUCUAGUCCACUCAAACACUCUACCAAGGAGGACAAGAUGGAUGACCGGCACAGAAAACAGCCCAUCUCCUCUGACGAUAGUGACUUUGAAGUCCGCCUCAACAGCUGGAACCUUGGGAUUGAGCACCCCAGGUAUUUGCGCGAGAACCCUAUUCCCUUGUCUCCGAUUCACCCGAAAUCAAGCCUAAGAAAAAACAGCCCCUGUACUGAUGAACAAGCUUCAGUUUUCAAACCAGAUAAGGAGACAGAGAUGAGGACCAAAGUUCUGGAGGCCAAACACCAAGAGGAGAAGCUGAAGCUACAGCAGAAACAUGAUGCCGACGUUCAGAAGAUUUUAGACCGAAAGAAUGGAGAGAUAGAGGAGCUGAAGAGCGUGCACCGGGCCAAGCAGAAAGAAGCUGAGGAAGCAGUGAGAACAUUGGAGAAAAAAGUUCAAAGCUUGCUGCGUGAGUCCCAGGUCAUCCGCCAGAGCAAAGAGAAGCAGAUCGCCGAGCUGAAGAAAAUGUCGGAUCAAAGUGCUGACUCCCUCAAAAACGAAUGGGAGAAGAAGCUGCAUGCAGCAGUGACCCAGAUGGAGCAAGAGAAGUUUGAGCUGCAGAAAAAGCACACAGACAACAUACAAGAGCUGUUGGAGGACACCAAUCAGCGGCUUGCCAAGAUGGAGGCCGAGUACAGCACCCAGGCACAGGCCACCGAGAAGACUGUGCGGGAGCUGGAGGCAAGGGUAAAGCAGCUUUCAGUGGAGGUGGAGAACGGGAACCUGCUCAGGCAGAAGGUCACGCAGGAGAAGGCCGAGCUAGAGAUUCACAUUGCUGCCAUCAGUGCCGAGUUACAGGAGGCCAACCGCAGGAAUGUGUCUCUGCUGAGAGAGAAGGAGCUGCUGAGCGAACAGCAUGAGGAGACACUGCAGAAACUCCAUGCCAAACAUGACGCCGACAUGAGCCACUUCCAGCAGGAGCAUGCUCUGUCUGCAGCCAAGGCUUCUGAAGUGAUUGAGGAUCUGGAGCACAUGGUGGCUCAGCUCAAACGGCAGCUGCAGGACGGCGAGCACCGACGGCAAAAACAGCUCAGGGAGCUGGAAAAUAAGAUGCAGCAAGAGACAAAGGAACUCCAACACAGCAGUGAGAUAAAGGUGCGGGCUCUGCAGGCCGAGCUGGAGAAGGAACGGGCCGAGGCCAGGAGGAAGGCCCACAAAUUAGAGGAUGCACUCAGGGACAAAGAGGAGCAGUUGAGCCGCCUGAGGGAGUCGCAGAGACAGCAGGCCCAGCAGGCAGAGCAUGCUUUGGAGGGUUUUAAGAAGCAGGUGGAGCUCAGCUCUGAGAAGGUCUAUGCUGACAUGAAGCAGCAGAUGGAGAGAGUGGAAGCCGAUCUGUCCCGAUCCAAGUCACUAAGGGAGAAACAGGCCAAGGAGUUCGGCUAUCAACUAGAGGAGCUGAAACAGAAAUAUGAGCAGCAGAUUGUGGACCUGAAACUGCAGCAUGAACAGGAGAGGACGCACCUAUUCCAGCAGCACAAUGCCGAGAAGGACAGCCUGGUCCAGGACCACCAGCGGGAGAUCGCCAGCCUGGAGAAACAAGCGCGGGCCGCCAUGGUCCAGCACCAAGCUCAGACCCAGGAGUGGAGAAAACGCGAUGGACAGACCAUCUCAGAGCUGGAGGCCCAGGUGCACUCUCUGAGGGAAGAGGUGCUGGCAGCUCAUGCCCAAAGGAAGCAGCAGUUGACUGAGCUGGGCCUCCUGCGAGAGGAGGAGCGCCAGCGCGCCGCCCAGGACCAGGAAGCCGCAUUGAACCGUGUUCGGGCUGAGAUGGAGCGCGUGCGCCAGGACUUGGAGAGGACCCAUGCUGCCGAAAGAGAGCUUGCCCAGGAGAAGACCAACAGCAGGUUGAAGCAGCUUGAGAAGGACUACAGUCAGAAGCUUGCCAAGUCCGCACAGGCAAUGGCAGAGCUGCAAACGGCAUUGUGUUCAGUCAAAGAGGAGAGCAAAAAGACCCAGCAGGCUCUGGAGCGCCAGCUACAGGAAACGCACACGCGGUGGGAUGAGGAGAGAAGGCAACUGAGCCGUGACGCGGACCGAGCCAGCAAGGUUCUCCAGGAGCGGGUGGAGACAUUGCAGAGACAGCUGCAUGCUGCCGAGAAGAAGCUGAUGACCCGGGGACUGGAGACCCAGGAGCAGAUCACACAUAUCCGUCAGGAGUGUGAGCUGAAGAUCAAAGGCCUGAUGCCUGCUGAGCUCAGACAGGAGCUUGAGGACACUAUCGCCUCCCUCAAGUCACAGGUCAACUUCCUCCAGAAGAGAGCGUCCGUUUUACAGGAGGACUUGGACGCCUGCCGCAGCAGGAGGUAAUCAGGGUCACCAGAUAUGCAGCUUUGUGCCUACUGGAGAAGAUUUCUAAUCGAAGUGAGCAUUAACCACCGCCCCCCCUCCCCCCAUUACCCCAGAAAAAAACAUCCUCAUCCUCAUUCACCGUUGAUGUCUUGAAGCAUGACUUGAUUUUGUAUUGAUUUUGUAUGACUUUCAAUGUUGGAUUUUACAGCACUGCUUUUUUAAAAAUGUAUUUAUGCAUAUUUAUUUCUGUUUUUAGAAACCAAAUGAGUUACACAUAAUGUGGCAUGCUUUUUGUUUUGUUUUUCUUUGUUCACCAAACUUUGGUCUUGUUUACUUGAUGUAUGAAGGAGA